AUGUCGAUACCGAUUAACGUUCCCCCGGCUUCGAGCUCUUACACGGGCGGAAGCUCUGGGAGAAUCCGUUUAACUAGGAUUGGAGGCUUCCCGAGUCGCGCCAGUCCAUCGCAUCAUGUUUCUUUGCUCGAAGGUAAACUCAAGUCUAAAGCUGCUGCAAAGACAUUCAAGACUCGGCUAGGAACUUCAUUCCAUGAGAGCAUACAUCUAAAUCUGAUCAUUACACCGUUUAUUCAGAUGAGGCUACUCUUGCUACACUUACAUCUUCGCAAAUUCCAAACACUCUCGCAUACUUUCAAGGAGCUUACGCUGUCCAGCUCAUUGUUACGUUCAAGUCGAGCAAACAGAAGCCCUCAUAUCGACUUGGGUGGAUCUCCAGCUGAUCCAAGCGAACUACGACAUCGUGCUUCAAGAAGUAUCGAUGGAUCAACUAUAGAGAAUCGCCGUAGAGAUACUCUGGACAAUGACUCAUCCAUAUCGCUAUACCAGCAACAGCAGCAGCAACGACAGAAACCACCAAAGAUCGACACAUUCGAUCCCCCGAUACUCUUUAGAUCAGAUACGGAGACACCUGCUGAUCUAACACCAGAAGACGACGAACCACUCUCGCCCGAGUCUACGCAUACUACCACUCCCCACUCAAACGCCACUGUACAUAUACCCCAAACAACAACACCAUCAUCAUAUACCAAUUACAGUGCAAUCCAACAACUGACGAGGUCAUUUCAACAACAACAGCAGGCAGAUGCUUCAUCAGCUUCGAAUCGAACAUCACUACUCCCAUUACCAGGAUCUGUACCUAGUGAUUAUACAGAUAUGGACGAAACGGAAAAAUACGACGGCUCGGUGGAUGGUGUUUCAGUAGUAGAAAAUGGUGAUUUACGACGACCACCUGGUGAACUAGGAAUAACCAUUCCUGCUGCUGUAUUAGAUGAACGUACUCCGUUGUUGAGUGCUGGAUCUAGAGCUAGUGCGGAUGUUACUCCGACAGAAUGGUUUUACGAUCAGUUGACCUUCUUGGCAAGUCAUGGGCCUCGAGAUGUCAUGUCGGUAUCUGUGACCGGAUUGAAAUCAAUACCUGCUGUGAUAUUGGGUCUCUUGCUUAAUGUAUUGGAUGCUAUGUCUUAUGGUAUCAUUGUAUUUCCUGCAUCUGAUAUGCGAAUGCCUGCUUCUGCCACGCAUAGUGGUAUCAGCAUGUUUCUGGCAUCAUCAAUAAUUGCACAACUCGUAUAUACAUUUGGUGGAUCAGGAUUCAAGGGAGUGAACGGAAGUAUGAUGAUUGAAGUGAUGCCAUUCCUGCACAUAAUGGUUCGAACUAUUGAAUCCAAAAUCGCACCUGGAGAUGGACAGCAACAUGAGCUCAUGGCCACUAUAAUGGUCGCAUAUGCCAUGUCUACUAUAUGCACUGGUCUCGCCUUCCUCCUGCUUGGUCACUUCAAACUUGGCGCAGUGAUUCAGUUCUUCCCUCGUCACAUCCUAGUAGGAUGCAUUGGUGGAAUAGGUCUAUUUCUCGUCCAAACAGGCGUCGAAGUCACAACCGCCAUCAAACCUUCGUUCGCAUGGGAAUAUAUCAAAGAAAUAUGUAUGCCUUCUGCAUUGAAACUAUGGGGGACUGCAUUCUUGCUAGCGAUGGGUCUCAAACUUGUACAGAAACGAUUCGAUCACCCAUUGUUUGUGCCUGCUUUUUAUAUGUGUGUACCGCUAGCAUUUUAUGCUAUAGUGGCCAUGCUGGGAGUGCCAUUAGAUAAAUUAAGACAUGAUGGAUGGUUGUUUGAUCUACCUGCUGGUGGAGAAGGAUCUUUCUCGACUUUCUGGACGUAUUAUGAUUUCGGGGCUACGAGAUGGGACUGCUUGCCUGACGUAUUGCCCACCAUGCUGGCACUGACAUUCUUUGGUGUUCUUCAUGUUCCAAUCAAUGUCCCUGCUUUGGCCGUCUCGACUCAUCAAGAUGUAGAUACUAAUCGCGAACUCAUUGGCCACGGCAUAUCAAACUUGCUAUCGGGAUUAGCUGGAACAACCCAAAACUAUCUCGUCUACUCAAAUUCAGUGCUCUUCUACCGCAGUGGUGGUAACUCGCGCAUUGCCGAAUUCUUGCUGGUUAUUGGGACUGUUGGUAUAUGGAUUGCUGGAGGAUCAAUAGUGGGAUAUGUUCCAACUGUAGUCGUGGGCAGUCUCAUCUUCCACCUUGGUAUGGAUUUGCUGAAGGAGUCGUUGUGGGAUAGUUAUUGGGUUGGCAUACAUCCGUUAGAGUAUCUGACCAUUGUAUUGAUUGUUGCUACUAUGGGUAUAUUCGGCUUCACUGAAGGAAUUGUUGCCGGCAUCUUGUUUGCUUGUAUUUUUUUCACUGUAAUGUAUGCACGCAAGAGAGUCAUUAGAGCUGAUUACAGUGGAAAGGAGUUGAGAUCUACUGUACAUCGACUCUAUGUACAUCAAAAGUUCCUGGAUAAAGUUGGGGUGCAAAUACGGGUACUGAAAUUGCAAGGAUUUAUCUUCUUUGGAUCUAUCAAUCAGUUAGACGAGCAUCUACGAAGAAUGCUAAGAGGUCGCUCCAAAGUACGAUUUGUAGUCCUAGACUUUGGAUUGAUUUCAGAUAUCGAUUACUCUGCCAUGGAGGCCUUCCUUCGAAUCAAAAGAACGCUUCGAGAAAGGAAUACACAUCUAGUGUUUUGUGGUCUUGGUACUAUAGGAAAGGAAUUGGCUAAUGUCGGAGUUGUUGAUCGUGAUGAUGGUGACUGGGUUCACGUAUUCGGAACACUGAAUGGAGCUCUAGAAUGGUGUGAAAACGUCCUCCUUGCUGCAUACUACAAACGAACAGAACGAGCCAGGAGAGAAUUAUUGCGAAAAGCUCAAGAAUCAAAUACGAUGGCACCUCGAGCUGCUUCGCCUAUACCUGUUGGUGGUGAUCUCCUCAAACGAGCUGACUCUUUCGUGAGCUACUCGUUGGCUCAUGCAUCACCACGACAAGCUGCCGUGUAUGAAGCUGCUGGAGAAGUUGUCUCAGCUGAUCCACAUGUGGGAGCACAUCUAGAGAACGAGAUACAUCCCGUCGCACUCCUCAUCCAAGCAUUCGCUCAAGUGCCAGAAAACUUACAAAUUGCUCUGGAAAGGCUGUCAGUUCAUUUUGAACGAACAGCUGUUGGUCCAGGCACGAUAAUGUGGGAACCGAAUGAUGAGGCCAUGGAGAUAUAUGUGGUUGAAACUGGAGAACUCUUGAUGGAAUAUGUUGAGGUUGAUCGAGGAGAAGCCAAAGUGCUAGAGACUUGCAUUCCAGGAGUAAUGAUUGGAGAAUUAGAAAUGUUUGCUGGACGACCUCGAACAUCGAGACUUGUAUCUGGUGAAACUGGAGCCGUGUUGUGGAUGUUACGGCGUAGCACUUAUGAAGCUGUUUGUGAAGCUGAACCAGCUAUGGCAUUAAGCUUUGUUAAAUUGGCGUUAGGAUUUGAUGGAGUGCGCUACUACAAUGUAGUAUCUCAUGCCUUCCAUGCCAUGGAUUAA